GUUUGAUCUGAAGGGACGAUUGAUCCAGGAGAGUCAAUUGAAGAAGUGGUGUGCUAGGAAGGGAAUUCUUUUCGCAGCAGAGGCAAACAUGCCCAGUUCAUGCAAAGACAUCCGUACAUCCCUCUCUCUCCCCCUCUUCCUCACGAACAGCAAAGCUAAGAAUAAUACAGGUGCGGCACUAGCACAAUGCCUCCAAGAAUCCGACUGCGUAAUGGUCUACCGCAAUAAACCAGGCGACUGCCUCCGCGAACCGCUCAUCGAUUCCAUGCCUACGAAAUGCCAACAACUCAAGAAAGGCUUAGGAGAGUGCAAACGCGGGAUGGUGGACAUGCGGAAGAGGUUUCGGGGGAAUCAGCCGAUCGCUGUGAGUAAGGAGUUGGAGGGAGGGGCGCAGGAGCCGAGUCAUCAGUUGUAUGCGGGCAGACCGGCGUUCUCGGGGACGGUGAAGAGUACUAGUGGUGACGAGCCGCCUGAGAGGGAUUGGAGGGAGGUGGAGAAUGAGAAGUUUAGGAAGGAGUGAGGGUUGGAUGGAUGCAGGUGUAUACUAGGGAUGAGAUAUUGCAUUUUAGAUGAGCGUGCAUGGGUGGCGUUUAGAGGUAUGGCAUGACCGCUCUUGCAUCAGAAGACUCCCGUCAUAAUCGAUCAUUUUACAAGGAAAGUCAGACAUCGGUGUCCUUGACCAUGAUGACGACCUGAGCUGGUAUAGUGUUUAUUCUCCUAUUUUAACUCUGUUUCUCGUUAUAGUCCUCCAUGUCUGUUAUACAUGCUACUUCUCAGCAACUCCCAGCACCCCACCCACCACAAUUAUCCCCCGCAUACUCAACAGAACACCCACUCACCUCACAAAUUGAACUAUAAAUCGCCGCACAAGUAGCAUUAGUAUACGCCCACGCCCGUCUGACACUCCACU